AUGCCUCUGUGGUUGUUCCAUCACACCAAAGACGCCUUCAGCAUCGAGGACAAGGAGAAGAUCGCUAAAGGCAUGGCGAACAUUUACACAACUUUCGGUCUCCCGGGGUUCUUUGCCCACUGCCAAUUCGUUGAGCUAGACCAAGGCAGCUUCUGGUCUGGCGGUAAGCAGCCGGACCACCACUCCUGCACUAUCGGUAUCUAUCAUGCUGCGGCCAGUAUCCGCAAUCCCGAAGAGGGCGAAAUGUUUCUCAAGGCCCUCGACGACGUUCUUCGCCCUGUCUUAAGACCCAAGGACAUCAGGUGGGAGAGCAACGUCCACGAGACCCCGCCUGACCUCUGGCGACUACAAGGCAUGGCUGUGCCAGGAUUUGGGACGGAGCUUUUCAAGAAAUGGGUGGAGCGUGAUGGUUUCACUGCGCAGGAGGAGGAGGAUCUCCUCCGGCAGCAAGGUUACUUUGAUGACUCGCGUUGGAAGUUGCCAACGUUCUAG